AUGGAUUGUGUGAGAGAUUUAGGCUAUGACCCCAGGAGAUGCUCCCUUUAUGCUAGAUUGCCUAAAAACUUACCCUUGAUACCAAUAACAUCUGAUAGGGAUACAAUGGGAAUUGCAGCAUGUUUGGGGGAUGGGGAUAUUUUGGAGACAUUUGUAUGCCACAUGGUUGAAGAGCCUCAAUUGGCUCCACUCUUAUUAGAAUAUGCAACUCAUGUGGGAGGGGCAGAUGUGGGGUUUGAUGAAUCAGAAGGUGGUACUAGAGAUGGUUUAGAAGGCAAGUUGGCUGGAGAUGAGCCAUAUUACCCCUCUGAUGAAGCUGCUAGCUUUGAGACUGAUCCAGAUGACUGCACUGAUAAUGAUGGAGAAGUGGUUGAACAAAGACAAAAAGCAAGAAGAAGGAAGGUAAAACCAGGAGUUGUGUUUGAUAAAACUUGCAAGAAGGUUACAUGGGAAACAGGUCUACAGUUUGAGUCUGUUGAUGAUUUUAGGGUUACUAUUACUAAGUAUGCAGCUGCUGAACAUGUUGAUAUUAAAAAGCAUGUUAAUGAACCUUUAAGGGUAAGGGUUAGGUGUGUAGAGAACUGUCCUUGGCUUUUAUUUGCUAGUUUUGACUCUAGGACUUACAAUUUUGUGGUGAAGAACUACAAUCCAAUUCACAAAUGUGACCCUACAAAUAGAAACAAACUUUGCAACUCCAAAUUUUUAGCCAGUCACUAUAAUGAGAGGAUAAAGGAACAACCAAGAAUUAGAAUUUUUGAGCUCCAACAGCUUAUUAAAAAGGAGUUGGAUCUUUAUAUUGGAAGGACCGUGUGUAGGAGAGCAAAAAACAAGGUGAUUUCAGAGAUGAUGGGUGAUCAUGUGAAGGAGUUUGACAGAAUUUUAGAUUACAAAGAUGAGUUGUUAAGGUCUAAUCCAGGUAGUACAUGUGUAGUGAGGCUUAGUGAAGAGACAAUUGAAGGAAGAAAAAGAUUUGUAGGCUUCUACAUAUGCUUUGAUGCAAUGAAGAAGUCAUACUUGGCAGGAUGUAGGAAAUGUAUUGGUGUGGAUGGUUGUUUUUUAAAGGGAAUUUCAAAAGGUCAGCUGCUUGUUGUUGUUUGUAAAGAUGGAAACAAUCAGAUGCUGCCACUUGCUUGGGCAGUAGUUGAGGUUGAAAACAAGCAUAAUUGGACAUGGUUUAUUAAAAUUCUAAAGGAAGAUCUCCAGCUGGGAGAUGGGACAGACAUGGCAGUUAUAACAGAUAUGCAAAAGGGUCUUGAAGGUGCCAUAAAGGAGCAGCUGCCAAAUGUUGAGCAUAGGAUGUGUGCUAGGCAUGUGUUGGCAAAUUGGUCCAAAGAUUACAGAGGUCUUGAGAGAAGAAACUGUUUUUGGAGGUGUGCAAGGUCCACAUUCGAGGCUGAGUUGAAUGAUAACCUUAACUACAUGAAAACAUUGUGA